AUUGCACCUUGGCUCUGUCGACGCGCAAUGGCAGAUUUCCAUCUCCCUUUCCUCAUCCUCAUCGCCUGGGCUUUUUGCGACUGCGAUUAAGCGCAAAGCGCGCUUCCAUCCUUGUGACACGCCCACUGCUCAUCCGGUAUACUCGACAACACACGUCGCGCGCGCACGUUUGUGCCUAGCUGUUUGAUGCGGGCGGAAGCCUGCAUGACAAUCCGUGUCGGCCCUAGAACUUGGCUGUAGAAAGACCUUAUCAGUACGCGCGCACCACGCUCCUUUGCUAGACGUCAUGCGCCUCUGCGGCGUAGUCUUUUCUGGAGUCCUGGGCUGCGUCGUUGCCGCAAACGAAAUAGCGUCAAGUACCACCGCAGCAGUGCCGCGAGUUGCCAGACUCGACAUUCGCAGACGCCCUGGCGAGCAGCUCCUGAGCUCGGAGGGGCUGACCAGAGGUUCCUCCUUUGGACAACAGCUUGUGCACAACCGGACCGCACAAGCGUACUUUGCGACUCUCAACAUUGGCACACCUCCGCAGAGCAACGACUUGCUUGUGGAUACGGGAAGUGCAGAGUUAUGGGUGCUUGAGCAGGGUGCGGACAUCUGCCAAGGUCCAGGCACGUGUUCUGAUACCUUCGAUCCCAUCCUGAGCUCGAGCUUGGAGCUUGUGCAGGAAGACGGCUUCGAGGUCGUAUAUAUCAACAACGACAAAGCCAGGGGUGAUGUCAUCCAAGACGUCAUCCGCGUCGGGGCCGCUGGGAGUAAUGCAAUUGUUAUUGACGAUUUGCAGUUCGGACUCGUAAGAGAGUCACGAGUAGACACUGGGAUUCUUGGCAUUGGCUACCCAACUAGUGGCGUCGGGAACCACCGCAAUAUCAUCGGCGAACUCAAGUCUGGAGGACAUAUUGCGGCAAAGGCCUACAGCUUAUACUUGGAUGACUACUCAUCGGACACGGGGAGUCUGCUUUUAGGCGGUAUAGACAGAACAAAGUUCAUUGGCUCACUACAGACGAUCGACGUCCUGCCGACACAGGCAGACACUUACACUCACUUUCUGGUCGGACUAGACUCUAUUGUCGCAAACUUCUCCGCGACUAGCGGCAGCACGCAGGACCUCUACAGCAACCAAAACGACUCGUCAUCCUCCUCCUCUUCCUCCUUGCGCGUGGUCCUCGACUCUGGCACGACAAUCUCGUACCUCCCCAACGAGCUCGUGAGGAGCAUCUGGAAGUACUUUGGCGUGCGCGACGACAGAAAUAAUACGGGUGUAGGGCUUGUCGACUGCGCCCUCGCGACAACCAGCGUCGGGCUGACCGUCGACUUCCGGUUCUCCAGCCCACCAAGGAGUGCCGGUCCCGUUAUCAAGGUUCCCUUUCGCGAGUUCAUUGUCGACAAUAUCAACAACAAGAACAACAACAACAUCACCUUGCCGCCGGAUCUUGGCUUCGAGAAUGCCUGCUCCUUCGGCCUUCUCGACAGCAACAACAGCCUGCCCAUCCUGGGACAGAACUUUCUGCGCUCAGCAUACGUUGUGCACGACCUGGACCAUCACAGGAUCGGGCUCGCCCAGGCGAACCUUAAUGUCAGCAGCACCGCCGCGGCCCCAUCGCCGGGCGGCGGCGGCGAGGCCGACAGUAUCGUUGAGAUAACAGGGCAAGGAAUACCGAUCUCCGUCAUGGGCGUGGCGUUCCAGGGGGCGACGCUUGAUGAUGAUGAUGCCGCCCCUGGCGGUGGUGGUGGAGGAACCCCCACGACGCCGGCCGGGGCAGGGAACCCGUCGCAGCCGACGGGAAACACUAGCGCGGGGUUGUUAUAUGCACGGGGUUCUUCUUCGAGGUCAUGGUGGAUGGUUUCGCUUGUGUUGGUUGUUUCGUUGUGGUGCUCGAGGGCGGGAUAACCGACUUGGUAAGAAUAUCCCAGGACUUCAUAAAUUUCCUCUCGGCUCUUCGAAUCUCUCUGCAUGCUACAUAUUGAGUUUGUAAUGAUGUUCACAUAGUCUUAAUGGAGGCCUAGCCUAGUAUUCGACUUCACAACAUGGCUCGUUAGUACAGAAAGGCGGGUAAGCCAGACAAUGCCUGCGAUUCUACGAAUGUGUAAAUACAAGAAGACGAGCAGCCUGGGGAAGCGACAUGCCAUGCCUACCACGGCAACAGGAAUAGUCCUAGCGUCUUGUCUUUUGAUCAUGUCUGAUGCAUGGUCUUGGGUCGUUGAGUAGGGGAUUGCGUGCACAGAAACCA